CCAUCCCCAGCUGAAGGAGUCAAGUCCAAUCCAUCCAAGAGACACAGGGACCGCUUGAAUGCAGAGCUGGACCGCUUGGCUAGCCUUCUGCCUUUCCCUCAAGAUGUUAUCGCCAAAUUGGAUAAGCUCUCUGUGCUUAGGCUUAGCGUCAGUUACCUGAGAGCCAAAAGUUUUUUUGAUGUUGCAUUAAAAUCCAACUCUACAAGACCAGAAAGAAAUGGCAUUCAGGAAGACUGUAGAACAGCAAAACAUGGAGAAGGGAUGCAGAUCCUGGAAGGAGAACUCUUACUGCAGGCAUUAAAUGGUUUUGUAUUAGUUGUUACGGCUGAUGCUCUGGUUUUUUACGUCUCUUCUACUAUCCAAGACUACCUGGGGUUCCAACAAUCUGAUAUUAUACACCAGAGUGUAUUUGAAUUGAUUCACACAGAAGACAGACCUGAGUUUCAACGACAGCUACAUUGGGCAUUAAAUCCUGCCCAGUCUGCAGAUUCUGGACCAAGCGUACAAGGAGAUAAUGGCUUUUCACAGCCAGCAACCUAUUAUAACCCAGACCAACUUCCUCCAGAGAAUUCUUCCUUUAUGGAAAGGAAUUUCAUCUGCAGGUUACGAUGCCUCCUGGAUAAUUCAUCUGGGUUCCUGGCUAUGAAUUUUCAAGGACGAUUAAAGUUUCUCCAUGGUCAAAACAAGAAGGGGAAGGAUGGUGCUACUUUGUCUCCUCAGCUUGCUCUGUUUGCAGUAGCUACUCCCCUGCAGCCACCAUCUAUCCUUGAGAUACGAACCAAAAAUUUCAUCUUCAGAACUAAACACAAACUGGAUUUCACACCUACUGGCUGUGAUGCAAAAGGAAAGAUUGUCCUGGGAUACACUGAAGCAGAGCUGUGUAUGAGAGGAACAGGAUACCAGUUUGUUCAUGCAGCUGAUAUGCUUUAUUGUGCUGAAAAUCAUGUCCGAAUGAUGAAGACAGGUGAGAGUGGAAUGACUGUAUUUAGGCUUCUAACCAAAGAAAAUCGAUGGGCCUGGGUACAGGCAAACGCACGUCUUGUCUACAAAAAUGGAAGACCAGAUUACAUCAUUGCCACGCAAAGACCUCUUACAGAUGAAGAAGGGGCAGAACAUCUACGGAAGCGUAACAUGAAGUUGCCCUUCAUCCCUAUGUCGAGCCUUAUGGAUCCCUCUCAGCUAAAGAGUAAAAGCACGACAGGAAAAGGGGCCAAAGCAACGCUACACAAUGAUUCCGUGGAUCCAAACUCCCUCCUAGGUGCCAUGUUAAGGCAAGAUGAGUCUGUGUAUCUCUGCCCUCCAGCAUCACAUAAACUUUCCUUUGAGCGGAACUUGUUUGCAGACAGCAGGGAUGAACUGGGCGGUGUUCGAAGUGGCUGGACGGAUAAUCUUCUACCUGCUGGAAAUCACAACAUUCUCAAACGGGAGCUAAUGGAGUGUUCCCAGGAGAGUACCGUUCCACUUCCUGAAGACAGUGCAGCACUCUUUCAAGAUAACAAAACCAGUGAUUUGUACAGCAUCAUGAAAAAUCAGGAUGAGGAGUUCUUUAAAACUGAAUUAUCUGGUGUGGAUGAUAUUGGGGACAUUGACAUAACUGAUGAAAUCCUGACUUACGUUCAGGAUUCCUUAAAUAAGUCUGACUUCUUAUAUUCAGGUUGUAACCAGCAGCAGCCCCUGGUCCAGAAUGAAGGUUGCUUUGUACAGCAAGAGUUAGAUCCACAUCAGCUUCAUCAGCACGAGAAACAGCUCAUGGACCAGCAACAGCAGCAGCAACAGCAGCAGCUCUGUCAAAAGAUGAAACACAUGCAAGUCAAUGGGAUGUUCACAGAUUGGAGCUCUGGCACCAGCAUGCCUCUUAGCUGCUCGCAGCAGCAGCCCCAGCAAUAUGUACUCCCUGGCAUGCAUGCCUCUACACCUGAGUUCUCUUACAAAUCAGAAGUAAACACUUCCCCUUACGCGUGUAGGCAAGAGUUUAUUCCUUACAAGCAACCCACAGUGAUGACGCCACAGCUUUCUAAUUUUGCUCAAAUGGAAUUCCCUGUAGCAGGUUUUGACAGAUCGACCUAUUCUGCUUCUUCCAACUUGCAGGAUUUUCUCAGUUGUUUACAGCAAGACCCUGAAAAUCCUGAGUGUGGGAUGAACUCUGAGUCAGUUAUGCUAACUCCUCAAACAUGCUAUGCAGGCGCUGUUUCUAUGUACCAGUGCACCCAAGAAGCACAGCCCAGCUGCGUGGAUCAAAUGCAAUACGAUCCUAUUAUGGCAAGUCAACAAACGUUGUUGAACAAGUUCCAAAACUGUUUCAAUGGAGGAAAUGUAAAUGAAGCAUAUCCCUCUCAGUUAGACGUGAUCGGUAAUGCACAGACUGCCACGCAUCUUCAGCCUCUUCAUCAUCCGACAGAACCCAGAUCCUUCUCAGAUUUGGCAUCUAGUGGAUUUAUGUGAUUCAGAUCUAGAGCUCCAUCUGUGAUUUUGUCUGGGCAUCAGGCUGCUCUGAGGAAAAGCUUGAUAAGUCUAUCUUUGAGCAUUGGACUUGAACAGCUAAAUUACAUUUUGAGAAUGAGGUUGGUUGCACUAUAUACUGGUGGAUAUGUAAUCCAAGACCUAGCUUUUUAGAGUGACAGGUGGAAUUAAAACUUCUGACUAAAAGUAUGCAUGUGCUGUUUUCCAUCAGAUUGACUGUGUCAUUGCAGUGUGGAUUACAUAUGUACUACAGAUGAUGUCAUGCUAUACAACAUAAGAUAAGGCAAAUGGUUUUGUUGUUUAGAAAAUAAUUGGGCACUUUACAAAUAGCAUCAAUGGCACAAGGAAGAUGAUUUCACAUGUGGAUUAUUUCCAGACUUUAUUUUUUAAAAACUAUUAAAAAGCUCUGAAUUCAUGAGAAUCAAAAGCACUUAAUUUUAAUGCAUACUAAGCUCUUUAAUCACUUAUUUUAUAUUUAAAUCCUUUCGUUUUAAGUCUCCAUUUCUAGCACUUUAAUAGAAUGCUUAAUACAAGGAUAUGAUAUGCAACUUCAGGUUUUCUAUGAAACAGACCCUUGCAUUCCUCCUUUUCUUGUCAACCUUAAGUGCCUCACAAUUUAGCUACCUUGUUUUCUGAUGGGAGCUUAUUUUAGCAAAACUCACUAUAAAUGUCAUCCAUAUUAUGUGAACUGUGAUCUAACAUCUACAGUGCUACUGGCUGUAUCUUUUUUUUUUUCCCCCACCCUAAAGAUAAUUUGUUUAGAGAAUGACUUAAUUCUUUAUCUGUGGAUUUGUUA